AUGAAUUCUCAGAUAGAUCAUAAGCUUUGGUUUAUCACUUCAUCAUUCAACCGGCCUUUUCGAUCCAAGCCAAUGGACUCUUCAAGGAUCCAUCCCGCAUUUGCCUCUUCACAUUGCCACCGUCAACCCACAACUAUUCCUUUUGACGCUGCAACCUGUAGUCCCGUAUUCUUUGGUUAUAGAACAAUUCCCAAACCAGAACCUCAGGACCAGUCAAGAAGCAAGCUGUAA